GGAGGGGGCAGCAGCCCCGCCCCUCCAUUGUGGUGCAAGUUCUUCUUGCCAAAGGCUCGGCGAGCGGCGCAGAAGUUGCGCUCCGAGCGCUUUUUGCAAACGGGGGGAAGGAGAAAGAGCGCAGGCGGCUUGCGCGUAUCUUGCGCGGCCGGAGGAAAACCCGAAGCAGUGUGUGUUUCCUCGCGGGGGGGGGAUGCAAAGCGUACCGCAGGUGUGAAGGGGACGAAGCCGGGCUGGGGGGCACCGAUCGCGGUGGGGGGAGGUGAUUUCCAGGGGUCUCCCUCCCAAAGGCUGAUUCCCUGCCUGGCUGCUGCUGCGCGCAAAGUUUGCGCAAAGGAGACGAGGGGAGGGCGCGGGGCGGCAGCGAUGGAGACUUGUUGAUGGAGCCGGCGGGGACUGGCCAGGCGAGCCGAACAGAGCAGCCCUUCCGGGCAGGAGGGAUGGCAGCGGAGCGCAAGGAGCGCGCAGGCUUUGCUGCCUGCUGAGGCCAAGGGGUGGCAGAAACUUGUGAACUCGGACGCCAAGGCCACGUUCUCCCGGGAGCGCCGGGGCUUCUCCAGGGGUCUCCGCGGGGAUGAGAAAGAGGGGCCUGGCCUCGGGAACCGCCCGACAACUCCUCCGGAAGGGCACGUCUCCCGACCGAGAAGGGCCCCCUGGCGCUGCAUGUGGUCCCUGCUUCCGCCGCUGACUCCCCCGGACUUGGCACCUUGGCGUGAGGACGGAUCCGGCUCUGGCGGUGCACCGAGGCGUCCGGCGGGGUCAACUGUGCUAUGAAUUGGUGUUUAUGGCUGGUCUACCUCAGCCUGGUCUGCAGCCGGUUUGCUGAGGCAGGUAACGGUGAGACGGAGCCCCGCGCCGUGGUUGGCAGGACAGGGGAGAGUGCCAUUUUGGGCUGCGACCUCCAGCCGGACGAGACCAGCCCCCCGCUCUACGUCAUCGAGUGGGUGCGUUUUGGAUUCCUCCUCCCCAUCUUCAUCAAGUUCGGCUUCUAUUCCCCCCGAGUGGACCCAGAGUACGUCGGCCGCGUACGGAUCCAAGAGGGGGCCUCUCUCCGGAUCGACCAGCUGCGCGCCGAGGAUCAGGGUUGGUACGAGUGCCGGGUGCUCUUUCUGGACCGACCCAACAGCGACGAUGAGUUCCAGAACGGCACCUGGAUACACCUCACCGUCAACGCUCCUCCUACCUUCCAGGAGACUCCUCCACCUUUCGUAGAAGUUCAAGACCAGAAGUCGCUUACCCUCGUUUGCUCGGCGGCUGGCAACCCACUCCCCGUGGUCACGUGGAAACGGGACAACCGAGCCAUAGAGACAGGAGACAAAGUGCAGGUGAAGAAUGGGACUCUCUUCAUCGCCAGCGUGGAACGAACCAGUGCCGGGGCCUACACCUGCCAUGCCACCAGCGGGGAGGGCACCGUCACCCACACCACCCGCCUACUGGUCCAAGGGCCGCCGGUGAUCGUGGUCCCCCCGCAGAACGUCACCGUCAACAUCACCCAAAAUGCCUUCCUGGCCUGCCAAGCCGAGGCCUACCCUGCCAACCUGACGUACAGCUGGUUCCAGGGGAGCACCAACGUCUUUCACCUCAGCCAGCUCCAGUCCCGGAUUCGCGUCCUGGUCGAUGGGAGCCUCCUGGUCCAGAAAACCACCCCGGAGGACUCGGGCCGAUACACCUGCGUUCCCAGCAACGGGCUACGCAGGUCGCCUUCUGCCUCCGCCUUCCUCACGGUUCUGUAUCCAGCGCGAGUUGGCGACAUGCCCCCCGAGACCCUCCUGCCCAUCCAAAUGCAGGGCACGAUCCGGUGCCCCAACAAGGCCGACCCCCCGCUGCUCUUCGUCAACUGGACCAAAGAUGGGCAACCGCUGGAGUUAGGCAAGUUCCCAGGCUGGUCCAUGCGGCCGGACGGCGCCAUUGUCAUCGCCACCAGCAACGACGACGCCCUGGGCAUGUACACCUGCACCCCGUUCAACAGCUAUGGGACAGCCGGGCCUUCGCCUCCCACCCGCGUCCUCCUGAAGGACCCGCCUGUGUUCACCGUGCGUCCCAAGGAGGAGUAUUUCCAGGAGGUGGGGCGGGAGCUGCUCGUUCCGUGCUCGGCCCGCGGUGACCCCCGGCCCGUCGUCUCAUGGACCAAGGUGGGCAGCAAGGGGGGGCUGGCCAGCGCCCAGGUGGACGGGAACAGCACCCUGAUCCUGCGCCCGCUGGCCAAGGAGCAGCACGGCUUGUGGGAGUGCACGGCCAGCAACGGAGUGGCCCGCGUCAGCGCCGCAGCCAGUGUGCACGUCCUGGGCACCAGUCCGCACAUGGUUUCCAACUUCUCGGUGCUUCCCCUUCAGCAAGCAGUGAACAUCAGCUGGGUGCCGGGCUUUGACGGGGGCUACUUCCAAAGAUUCAGCAUUUGGUACACACCGCUGUUGAAACGCCUCAAUCGCCCUCACCACGACUGGGUCUCACUGCCGGUGCCUCCUGGCUCUUCGCAUCUUCUGGUGGAGAACCUGCAGCCAGAGAUGGGGUACCAGUUCAGCGUCCUGGCCCAGAACAAACUGGGGAGUGGGCCCUUCAGUGAGAUCAUCACCACCGUGCCACUAGGUCUCCCUACAACCACCAUGCCGCCCGAUCCUCCGACGACCACCCUGCAGGUCUUCCUUUCCCCGCCCCAAUUCCUGAUGGCCAACGAGACCACCCGAGGGGUUUUGCUGCUGUGGGAGCCUCCCUUGUGCCAGCACGCGGUGGCCCUGACGGGCUAUGCUCUGGAACUUCGGCAGGACCAGGGUGGCUGGGAGGUUCUCGAUGGGUCCAUCCCCAGCUCGGAGAUGCAGCUCCUGGUGCCUGGACUCAUCAAGGACGCCUUCUAUGAGUUCCGCCUGGUGGCCUUUGCCGGCAGCUACAUCAGUGACCCCAGCAACACAGUCAAUGUCUCCACAACAGGCAUGGAAGUGUACCCCUCCCGCACCCAGCUCCCUGAGCUCCUGCCCCAGCCGGUUCUGGCCGGCGUCAUCGGGGGCGUCUGCUUCCUCAGCACCGCCGUCAUCUUCAGCACCAUGGCAGCGUGCAUCAUGAACCGCCGGCGGGCGGCCCGUCUCCGGAAACGCAGGCAAGAUCUCCCACUGGUCUUCUCCCCCAACAAGAAGCUUCUGCCUUCACAAAAUUCUACAGGCCCUCCUAGCCCAGACAGCGUUGUGAAGCUGAAAUUCCAGACCUCCCCGUAUCGGAGCCUCCGCCGCACCCUCCUGUGGGGCAAGAAGGCCGACCCCAGCCUGGGCCUCAACAUGGCCGUCGGGAACGCCCGGCCGCCUUCCCGCUACACCCUCUACGAGAGCCACGUGGGGGAGCCUCUGCCGCUGGAGCGCAUCUGCCGCGGGCCCGACGGGCGCUUCGUGGUGCAGAGCGAGGCCCGGCCCCAGGGGGGCUUGGCCGCCAUGCUGGAGCGCUUCUCCCUCGCCUCCUCGGAGAGCAGCGCCGGCCAGCUGGAGCCGUCUCUGCAGGUCUCCGCCUCGCCUCCUCGCCCCGAGGAGCCCGUCUGGCAGAAGAGCAUCUUCCUGCGGCCCAAGAACGCCAGCCAGUCCCGCCGCGAAGCCACGGCCUCCGGCUACUGCCAGGGCCGCUUCUUCGGCUACAGCAGCAGCAGCCCGACCGAGGAAGCCAAGCCGCUGUGUAUCGCCAACAUCAGCCCGGUGGCCACCAUGCCAUACGGAGCCACCGAGGUCCAGGUUGCCGGGCAGCCGGAGGCGGUGGCCACCACCACUUCCUCGGCGAGCCAGCUGGGCAGUCCCCCCUUGCCGGCGUGCCGUCGGUCUCAGGACAGCCAAGUUGCCGCAAAUACCUCAGCCCAGAGUGGGAUUCUCCAGUACCUGAGCCUCCCCUUCUUCAAGGAGAUGAAUGUGGAUGGGGAUUGGCCACCGGAGGAGGAGGAGGAGGAGGAGGAUGAAGAAGAGGAGGAGGAGGAGGAAGAAGAGGAAGAACACGUUUCCCAACCAGAGUUCCAUGAGGCCAAAUCUCCCAGCAGCAUUGAACUCACCCUGCUGGGAGACGGGGACAAAACCACUUGCCCAGUUUACAUGGACAUGCAAGCCAGCCUGGAGUCUGCUCAGGAACAGGCCUUGGAGAAGUCCCUCCUCAGGCUCCCAGACGCCAACUCGGGCCCGGCUAAGGCCGCCUUGCCUGGCACAGGGGUCGGCUCCGUCUUGGAAGCCCCCGUGCCCAAGGAGGAAAGGACUUGGCUGCGGACGCUGCUGCCGCCCGCCCGGCCCCUCGAGAGCCGGCCGGAGCUGGUCUGCACGGCGAUCCCCUUGGAGCAGGGCUGGCUCCACACGGGAGACCUGCCCCCAGAGUCCCUGCCCCCAGAGAGGCACAAAUUCCCCGCCGCCGAGAAGCUCCCGCGGGGGAGCCUGACCAGCCAGAGCAGCGGCCGCGGCAGCGUGUCUUUCCUGAGGCCCCCCUCGCUGGCGGCGUCCCUGGGGGGCAGCUACCUCAAUUCCCCCUUUGGGGACGUGGCCAGCUGGCACAGCAACUCCGCAGGAGAGGAGUGUCCGCCCAAAAGGGAGCCUUCAGUGGCGGCCAUCAGUAAAAGGAGGAAUACCUCCGUCGACGAGAACUACGAGUGGGACUCGGAGUUCGCUCUGGAGUCGGACCUCCUGGACGCGUUGCAGCUGUACCGGAGUGGGAACCCCAAAAGGCCAGUCUCCACCAUUGCUGCCCAGGAGCUCAAAAAGCAGAGCUCAAAGACCUCCGGCAGCGAGAGCAGUGGCUCUCCCUCAAACUCGCAAUCCGUGGGCGCCUUGGACGGGUCCAGCUCGCCCGUGUCCUUCCCAAGCCCGGAGGAACGCUGCGCCACCCUGCGGGAAGAGUUCCUGGCCUACCGCCGGCGGCGAGAGGCCACCCAGCAACGGAGGCAGAAACUGGGCUUUGGCCGGAAGCGUGGAGAGGAGAGAUUUGAGCAGGCCACUCUUCUUUGAGGGGACCCCUGGCUGUGCUGCCCCCCAUGGGGGAAGAGGAGGGGGGGAGCGAAUGGGCCCAUCUUGUCCACACGGGCUGAGGCGGCACCCUCUAGUGAGACGCAGAGGAACUGUGCCCCGUGUGGAGUAUCCGGUGGUUCCAUAGACACGCAGGAGGCGCUGCAGAGACCUGUGUGACCCUAGCGGGCAGGCAGUGAAAAUAAACCCUUGAGAGCACCCCACCGCAGUGGGAGAAGAUUGAAAUGACUGGCUGAGCGAUGACUUCUAAAGACGGGAGUGGG